AUGGAGGACCAGCUCUACGGCAAGCGCAAGGCCUCGGAGAAGUUCAACCAGUACGUGACGGAGGAGACUUCGGGCAUCUUCAGGAGACCAGGGGCCGCACUGGUCUUUGAUGGGCAUCAAGACGACAUCUACUCGUCAGGCAGCGACCCGGAGUUAAAGUGGCUGAAGGAGAACCUGGCGCCAGUAGUCAAGCUCAAGGAGGCAAGCAUCAUGAUGGGCGGCUCGGUGCACCCGUUCCUCAGGGCGACGCCCGCGAGAGUUAGCAAUGCUGUGAUCUACAUUGCACCGAGGCCGAAACGCAUCGAGGACACCUUGAGUGAGCUCGGCCUCGCAGAUUGCAGUCAGGUGCCGACGCCGAUGGUCAGCGCGCGGAAGACAGAGGAUCUAGAUAUGCCAGUCGUGGGCCCAGUCGACAAGAAGUCGUGCAUCACCUGCGUUGGGAUUCUCAGACACCUCUUGAAGUCCAGGCCAGACAUCCCAUUCGCACUCCAUGAG